CGACGUUCUUAGCGCGUGUGGACUGUGGAAUGACGCGCCGGUGAAUUUUUAGUUUGUAAUACUUGACGUAAUUUUAUGUGCCCGAAUUAAACACGAAAGAUUUCACAAUGGCCGAUCAAGUUGAUUCAAUGUCAGAUGCAGAGCUUCGCACAAAACUAGCCGAGCAUGGGUUCCCGGUUAUGCCGAUUACGGCAUCAACGAAAAAAACUUUGGUCAAAAAGUUAAAAAUGGUAUUGGAUAAUAAAAGCAAGCCUCGAAACAGUGUUGACAGCAAAGUGGAGAAUAGGCGCUCUCUUGCGCGCUAUUCUAGUGGUGAAGAGUCCGAUUUAGAUACAACUAGUGCUAAAGAAAAGCGGAACCGUCGAGUGACCACUGGUGGUGCUAUGUUACCGCCAGUGACGAGUAGAAGACGAACACCGGUAAAAAAAGAUUCGCCAAUAAAGCUUGGUUCCGAUAAAGGUUCCGAAUCUGAAGAGGAAAAAUCUCCUGUGCGAACACACGAAGAAGUGGAAACCGUGACCACACGCCGUGUAACGCGCACCUAUGCCAACGAUCAGGAUGAUUAUGAGACCGGAUCUGACAGUGAUGUUGAUGUUGAUAAGAAAACUUCAACGCCGUUCCGUAGCAGCUCACGCUCCAGUGACUAUAUUUCCAGCACGUUACCGACACAUGAUACAUCUACAAGUCCACCUAAAUCAUCUAUUUUCUCUCGACCCUCCCUUUCAACAAACUAUUCAUCUUCUCUUUCAUCGUCUGAUCAUUUAAAUUCAAUAAGGUCUCGGCUUGGAUUGACAUCCACUUUAGGAGACAGGUCUUCUAUUAAUAAUUAUGCAUCAACAUAUUCAUCAGCAAGUAACUAUCAACCAUCAACAAGCACAUAUCAACCACCAGCAAGCACUUUCCAACCUUCAGCCAGCAACUAUCAGCCUUCACUGUCUAGUGUUGAUGAGACGGAAUCCCCAUACUUGAGCAAUUUCACAAGACGAUUGUCAGCUCUCAAGUCUGACCCACCAAAAACAACAUCAUAUUUGGACAGAGACACAACAAACGGAAGUACAAUACUGCCCCGCAGGUCGUAUAUAACAGGAGUAUCUCGCGGUGAUGCUGUAGAUUACAAGGCAGUAAAUGAUAAGAAAUUCUUAAAGAAUAAUAUGGUGUCCCUCGCUCUGGUUGCCCUGGUUGCUCUUUUUUUUUUUUGCUUAUUUUUUAUGUACAUGGUUAAGAGAAAUGAUAUAACAUCUGUAGUGGACGACCAAAACAGUGUAAUUCCAAUAUGCCAACUGAACAUCCCUGGUAACAGGCCUGGUAUUAACUGUGUGCCCAAGGAACAAGUCAGCUACGCAAAGGAUCUAUUGAAGGUCAUACAUCCAGAAUUAACUACUCGAGCAGCUGCCUACAAAUGUAAUAAGCCUGGUGUAAUGCCAUAUAUGACUGAAAGGGAAAUACUUGAUAUUGCUAGUGCAAGAGCGGAGGCUGUUGAUAUAAGCCAAUGUCGCAUGGAUUUGAAUAAUUUACAAGUUUUGCUGAUACACAAUCCUAGAUGGGGAAUUAAUGUUGUUCAAUUGAAGAAUUUGUAUAGUAAAGAUGUAGAUUACAGCCCUCUGUCCACCACAGAUGUUGUAGCACAGCAACGUAGCAAAGGCAGUAUUGCUUUAGCUCUCUCUGAUCCAUCGACUCCUGUGUCAUGUUUAUUUGUCAACACGCUAUACUCAGCCGGUUCUACAUUCAUCAUAAUUGGAGUCAUGGCUGUUGUUGUGUUGGGAGUACAAAAAUGCUACAAACUAUAUUUAAACUACCAAAAGAAGAAAAGUGAAGAAAUUUAUUCCAUGGUAGAACAGAUCAUUGAUGUUAUAUCUCAGGAGACGGAAGACAGUGGUGAACCAUACAUAUCAGUGGACCAUGUCAGAGAUACACUAAUAUCUCCCCAGAAUAGAGAGAAAAUGGCUUCAGUUUGGGAUGCUGCAGUCAAGUUCAUUCAGAAGAAUGAGAGUAGGGUGCGCAUGGAGGUUCAAUCUGUUGAUGGAGAGGAUUGCAGGGUGUGGAGAUGGAUAGCGUCGCACAAUAGCCCAAAACGCAGUGCGUCAUGGCAAGGACAAGCUUUUGAGACUCAAGAAGGAUCCGUCAACAAUCUGACCGUUUCACCGACCCCUUGCUUGAAAAUCCGUAGCAUGUUCGAGAAGAACGACACCAAUCCGAAUUUAAGAACCGUCAUCCAAGAUGUGAUCCUGGAAAAGUGUGACCGAUGCAACAUUCUUCAUAUUGAUAUUGAGAAGUCAUCCUGCUGCGUGUACGUGAAAUGCGCGAGCCCGACGGACGCUGGCGUGGUCUACAAGAGCUUGCACGGCUGGUGGUACGAGGGACGCCUCAUAACCGUCAAAUAUCUGCGCUUGGAGCGAUACAUGCAGAGAUUCCCCAACUCCCCGUCUUCUGGCCCCUAUCUCAAACCAUCGCGCCAACAACGAAGAUCUUGGGAUGAAUAAUUGAAUUUUAUAUUAAUUUGUGACUUAACUCUUGACAUUGAUUGUCCUGACAUUUAACAGAUUAUUUAUUUUUAUUUUUUAAUGCCUUUAACUAAUUUUUCGCGGGUAUGGCUGUUGUAUUCAUUAAAGCACUCUUUUUAGUGCGGUCUCAUUGAAUCGCCGAAUACCUUUUAUUGUUUAGUUUGAUUCAUAAUAAAAUAUGUGCACAAUAGUUAGCCCUGAUUGUAACGUUUACAUAACUAUAAUAUGCAUUUCUCAGAUUUUAAAUUACAAAUAAGACCUAAAUGUCUAUAGAUGUAGUAUAAUAAUGCCUUAUCCAAAUUUUAGAAAUAUGAAAGUAAAGUUUUUCGUGUUCAUGUUGUAAAUAUGUGACAUCACAAAGUUAAAAUAGUUUUUAUGAUGUAAGUUAAAUGAGUCAUAAUGGCUUGCAUUUGUUGAUUGAAUUUACUGUUUUGGAACAAAUUGUUUUAAAAUGUCGUAGUUGUAUAGGUAGUUUAUAUUUCUAAUUGAUUUUCUUAAUAGGGUUUUUUCUUAAUUCUCCGUAAAGUGUAUUGUGUAAAGCAAUGGCACAACAAUAAUUCGUGUUAAUUUCUAAGAUUGACAUUUAUUUUGUUUAAGUACUCUUACUAAUCCUUAGUGUAGUUAUUUUUAUGGAUUGAUUUUCACUUUUAAUAAAAUAUGAUAAGAUUA